CGAGAGGGAGAAAGGGGAAGGGAAAGCGAGCGAGUGGGAGUUGUUUGGAGAAGGGGGAAAAAGAGAAAGGGGUAAGGAGACGGUGGUACUUUGUUUCGUCCGUGACACUCAGAGCCUCCCAGUCAGUGUUAUUCUGAUUUCUCUCUCUCUGGUUCUCUGGUUGGAUUGGCAUCACCCUGGCUUUUCUUCCUGGCUGCACUACAAGGACCCACUACAUCUCCAAGGAAAUGUGUGCAGGAAGAUGCACUGUCUGUUUGUGUAUGUAUGUGUGAAUGAGUGAGUGUGUGUCUGUCUCUGUUAAUGCAUUCCUGGCUGGAUGUUUGCGUCGUGUGUGUUUAUGUGUCAGAAGAGGAAGAGGCAACAAGGCUACCGUUGGGGUUCUGCAGUGUGAGUGACCCAGCUGGGGUCCAGUCUCUCCCGUGUAGGCAGGUAGGAGCUCUGUCCUGCUCUCCUCUCCACCUGGCCUCCAUGAGUUUAUCUGAGGACACACAUCUCCUCCCUGGAAGAUGGGAAAUGCUUCAGACACAGCCCUGUUUGUCUCCACAAUCUCAAAGGAGCUUGACUUCCUCAUGGGCACGCUCUACAGCAUAUUCUGUGUUCUGUCUCUCCUGGGGAAUGGCAUCUUGAUGCUUGUUGCGUAUCGUAAGCGCUUGUCCUUGAAGCCGGCCGAGUUCUUCAUCAUUAACCUGUCCAUCAGCGACCUUGGGAUGACCCUGUCUUUAUUCCCUCUGGCCAUUCCCUCUGCAUUCGCUCACAAGUGGUUGUUUGAUGAGAUCACCUGUCAGUUCUAUGCUAUGUGUGGGGUUCUGUUUGGUCUGUGCAGCCUGACCAACCUCACAGCUCUCUCCUCCAUCUGUUGCCUCAAAGUCAGCUUCCCUAACUAUGGUAACAAGUUCUCCUCGUCCCAUGCCUGCGUCCUGGUGGUGGCUGUGUGGUGUUACGCCUCUGUGUUCGCCAUCAGUCCCCUGGCACAGUGGGGACACUACGGGCCCGAGCCUUAUGGCACUGCCUGCUGCAUUGACUGGCACGCGCCCAACCACGAGCUGUCAGCCCUGUCUUACAUCGUCUGCCUGUUCCUUUUCUGCUACGCUCUGCCCUGCACCGUCAUUUUCCUCUCCUACACCUUCAUCCUGCUGACGGUGCGCGGCUCUCGCCGGGCCGUCCAGCAGCAUGUGUCAUCCCAAACCAAAACCACCAAUGCACAUAGCCUCAUUGUCAAGUUGUCGGUAGCAGUAUGCAUCGGUUUCCUUGGUGCAUGGAGCCCUUACGCCAUAGUGGCCAUGUGGGCGGCAUUUGGUGAUGCCACCAUCGUGCCUCCUGCUGCAUUCGCCCUGGCGGCCAUCUUUGCCAAAUCGUCCACCAUCUAUAACCCUAUGGUCUACCUGCUGUGCAAACCCAACUUCCGCAAGUGUCUUUGCCGAGACACGUCCACAUUCCGCAAUAGGAUCUGCAGGGGCAGCCCCCGGCCUGAACAGAAAGACCCCUUUGGAUCCAUAUCACAACCAUCCCAGAGAAACAACAAGGAAAUGAGCAUCUCAUACGGACAGCCAGAGAGCCCCGUAGCGUGUCUGCACUGUGCUGAGGAUGGAGCUCCUUGCCAAACAGGGACCACGUCCCAGAGGACUGCCUACAUACUGACCGGCUCCACCUACGGCAAGGUGACUGUCAAUCAACUCUCUGCCAAUCUGCAGGCUGAUUUCCUCUAGUAUUGCAUCAGAACUGCAUCCUACCCUAAUCGUUCAGACAGGGAUGGUGAGAUUGCCAGGGGGAAAGAGAUGGCCAGGAAGGGAGAGACUGACAGUAAAAUGGCAAAAAGUCUUGGUUGAAUCAUAUGUUGCAAUCUGGCACACAAGCCAACAUGACAGUAUCUGUGUCAGUGAGAGAUGAUGGGCCCAUCUUAACUCAUCAGCAUUUUCUGACAUUUGCAUGUACCUCAGCAGCUGUUGCACUCAUUCUUACCACAGCAAACAAGAGAAUAUUGAGAGUCCAAUGUCUUACAAGUUGGUCAACACAAACAACCAAGAAUAUUAAAUUGUACACAAAAGUGUUAACUGAACUAUUGAAAUAUAUUUAUAAAAGACAACAUUUGUUAUUAUUAUUAAGUGCAGUGGAUUUAUCCAGGAAAAUCAUGAGGCAAGGAGACAGAACUAAUGAAAAUAGGUGCCCAAUGAUCCCACACAUCAUGCAAUGUUCACAUCUGUGUAGCGGGGACGAUAUGAAAAUAUUAAAGCUAAUCAUCAUCAACUCAUCUGGUUAAACUGUGCCGGUGAAGAGUGAGACCUUGGCUGAAUUUUUCCUGACAUAUUUCCAAUGCAUUGCUGAUAGAAUUGGGCUGUAAAGUAGCCCUGGUUUCCCUUCAGACCAUUGUGUUGCUGUGCUGUAGACCUUGAUGUGUAUUUGUAAUAAGAGAGCAUAUCUAUAGUAUCAUUAUGACCUUAUUGUAACUGUGAAACAAAUGUUUGAGGCAGUUGCUGUAAUUAUCAAAUUUUAUUACAAAACGUUGAAACAA